GAUUUGCAUUUUGCAGCAUUUUCGUUUCGUAGAUUUUUUUUUGCGAUUUUAUAGUAAACAAAGUCAAAGUUUUUGUGUCCUAUUUUGUGAUGGCGGAGAGCAUGAAGACGCCGGUGACGCUGCUGCAGGAGCUCAUGGUGCGGCUGGGCGAGACGCCGGUCUACGACUGCGUCGCGCAAAUGGGGCCUGCCCACUCGUCUCUGUUCGAGUACCGGUGCAGCGCGCACGGCGCGAGCGCGACCGCCGUGGCGCGGUCCAAGCGCGAGGCCAAGCAGGAGGCGGCGCGCGGCGUGCUGGCGCGGCUGGCGGCGGCGGGCGUGGCCGUCCCCGGCGCGCCCCCCGCCCCCGCCGCCGCCCCCGCGCCCGCGCCCGCGCCGCCCCCGCGCACGCACGUCGCGCUGCUCAAGGAGCUCUGCGAGGAGUACCGGCUUGCCGCGCCCGACUACGAACUGGUGUCGGACACGGGCCCGGCGCACCUGCGGCACUUCACGAUGCGCGCGCGCGUGGGCCGGCUGGCGCGCGCCGCCACCGCCACCACCAAGAAGCAGGCGCGCCAGCUGGCGGCCGAGGCGCUCUACUCGUACCUGCGCGACCACUCCGCCCGGCUCACCUCCGACUUCGUCGAGGAGGAGGCGCUGGCGCGCGCGCACGAGAAGGCCAUGGAGCGGUACCAGGAGGCGGCGGCGGCGUGGCGCCCCGACCUGGGCCAGCGCGUGGCCGACUACCCCGCCGGGCUCGCCACGCACGCCGAGAUCAUAUGUGCUGUUGCAGAGCCGGAGCAGCAGGCGGCGGCGCGCGCCGUGCUGGCGGAGCGGGCGGGGGCGGCGGCGGGGGAGGGGGACGAGGAGCGGCUGGCGCGCGCCGUGGACGCGCUGGGGCUCGCGCUCGAGUGGGACACCCUGCACACGCACUCCGACCAGGUGCUACACGUGGUGAGCACGUCGCGCGGCGCGCCGCCGCUGGCGCAGUGGGGGGCGUCCCGCGCCGGCGCCGCCGCGCGCCUGCUGGACACGCUGCAGCUGGCGCUGCGCCCGCGCCCCGCGCACACGCUGCCCGCCACCUAGACCUACCAUUACUAAUAAAUGUUGUUUGUUACUUUA